AUGGAUGAGAAUCAUUCGAAUGGUGUAACCAACGAAGACAUGGUCAUCAAUCUACUGCAAACCCAGAUGGAACUGUCGCUUAUAUGGGAGGACUUCCAAAACCAUUUGCGUGAGCUCCGUCAGGCAGUUAAUCGACACUUAGAUGCCAUGAACCUUGAGGUCAAUGACGUUCGCGCUGGUCAGAUGGAUAUCUCAAAUAUGGUUGUUGAUCUUAAAAAUCAUGUCGUUUCUCUGCAAGGAGCAUAUGUGAGGAUGGUCUUCAAAAACAACAAACUAAGAAGCUGA